AUGAGGAGAACAGGAUGGGGGGAGGGGAGCUCCUCGAAUUUGGGUUCGGCUGUGGCGACUUCAAUGAAUUUGACAAACAGCAGCGAACCUAUAUCGGAUGGUAGUUCCGUUUUCAAAAUGGAAAAUCCUCACGAUUUGAUGUACUAUCAGAAUUCGACUUCUGAAAUGAAUCAAACGACCGAAGGAUUUUUAUCCUCCAUAUUGAACGACGAAGAUUUACAAUUGAUGGACAUGGCCAUGACGGAAGAAAGGAACGAGGAGGAUCGCAUUGGUCACGCGGGUCGGAUGCCUUUUGUUCGAACCAUGAGCAUGGAACAACGUUGGCAAGAUUUAGCCAAUCUCCUAAGUCUUCCGGGACAGGAGGGAGUUGGCGUUCAUCAUCCGUUCGCACAUCAUUCACACUCGCACCACCAUCAUCAUCAUCAUCAUCACCACGGAAAUUAUAAUGGUCAUAAUUAUUCGCACGACGGACGAGGGGUUCUCAUACAUAAUGCGACCCUUGCACCACCCGUUGGUGAUUUAAACGGAUCCGGUCCGUACAACAACAGCAGCACGACGAUGGGGAGCUCUUCGAAUUUGGGUUCGGCUGUGGCGACUUCAAUGAAUUUGACAAACAGCAGCGAACCUAUAUCGGAUGGUAGUUCCGUUUUCAAAAUGGAAAAUCCUCACGAUUUGAUGUACUAUCAGAAUUCGACUUCUGAAAUGAAUCAAACGACCGAAGGAUUUUUAUCCUCCAUAUUGAACGACGAAGAUUUACAAUUGAUGGACAUGGCCAUGACGGAAGGCAUGUACCCGAUGAGAAUGCUCGAAAGCAACAGUUCACAUAAUGGAACAACAACCGGAGGACCCCCAGUGGGUCACACGGAAGAAAGAUUGGACGCUUCGAGCGACAGCGCGGUGAGUUCGAUGGGAUCCGAAAGAGUUCCUUCCCUCUCCGAUGGGGAAUGGAUGGAAACGGGUUCAGAUUCUGGACACAACACGGGUGAUCAUUACGGAAACGUUGAUUACCACGGAAGUAAAUUUAGACCGUUCGACUACAGUUACACGGGGAGACCACUUUUAGGUAAUACAGGUCCGCAAUCUGCCACUCCCGACGGUCACAUACCUCCGGUGGCACAAAAAAAGCAUCACAUGUUUGGUAAAAGGUAUUUUCAAGAACAAGGAAACGCGACCACGGGUUCGACGUUGCCUCCUCACAGAGCUCUCACACUAUUACCGACGGCAACGCCAACACCGGCUCCCGUCAAAUACGAAUACGUUGAAACAGGAGCCGAAGCCAUUGUGCCUCCCGGAUUUAACAAUACGGUAGAGCCGUCUUGCGGAAAUAAAAUGCCGGAAGUGAAAUAUAGUUGUAGUCUUGAUUUUAUACGCCAUCAUCAAACGGGUGCGAGAUCUUUGGAACACAUUCAUCAUAAUCACACGUAUCCUCUACACGCGGAAGGAAGCGUGUCCAUGGCGGCGAGACCGUCACACAGAGAAAAAACAAAUUCUAGGGGACGUAAAUCCGAAGAGGAUCACUUGACGAGAGAUGAAAAACGAGCCAACGCAAUGAACAUUCCCAUGCCGGUAGAAGAAAUCGUUAAUCUUCCAAUGGACGAAUUCAACGAACGUUUGUCCAAAUACGAUCUUAGCGAAGCUCAAUUAUCACUUAUAAGAGAUAUAAGGAGAAGGGGUAAAAACAAGGUAGCAGCGCAAAAUUGUAGGAAAAGAAAACUCGAUCAAAUAAUAUCGCUCGCGGACGAAGUUAAACAAAUGAGAGAUAGAAAACAUCGUCUGCUCAGGGAAAGGGAUUACAUGGUCGCCGAACGUUUGAGAGUAAAAGAAAAAUUUAGUCAACUUUACAGACACGUUUUUCAAGCGUUGAGAGAUCCCGAGGGAAAUCAAUAUUCCCCGUACGAGUACAGCCUUCAACAAUCCGCCGACGGCACGGUCGUACUCGUACCGAGAUCAACGUCGAACACAUUAUUGGAUCAAGAUGGUGGUACAAACAGAGUCAAACACGGGAAAGAUCAAAAUCAUCACGAAAGUCAUCAGCAAAAGGAAUGA